AUGGCCACGUGCUGUCUAGUCACGUGGGUGCUGUUACUACUAGCGGUCGCACCGUAUUGUGUAUGUGAGGGAGAUGAAGACCUGGGCGACUUAUCCGGCCUGCUAUCUCUGUUUGGCGGUGCCAUGGGAGGCGCAGGAGGAAGUGGGUGUACGCACUCGUGUCCCAACGGCCAUUCUCCGGUCGAACGGGCAGGCCACACGCCGCGUCACAACGGCUGCGGCACGGACUUCUUUCGCGUGGACGUCAGCGAGUACCCGGACUUUGAGAAGUGCUGCAACAAGCAUGACAUCUGCUACGAUACCUGCGACGGUGGCUCGGCGUCGGGCCGGGGCGUGUGCGACAAGGACUUUGAGAAGUGCAUGAAGAAGACGUGCACGCGCUAUAAGAAAGCCGGUGUGUUGCGUGGAAAGGAAGUGUCCCAGUGCAAGUCGACGGCCGACAUGAUGUACGCCGGUGUGGUGGCGAUGGGCUGUGAUCCCUACCUCGAGUCCCAGCGUGAUGCGUGCGAAUGCAAGAGACCCAGCCUAGGUGGUCUGUAA